AGGUAGAAAAUGGGUUAUCAUAUUAAUAAGGAUAUAAAAAUGUCAUGGCCAUAUUCCCAGGACGACGUAUGAAUGAAUGACUUGUAGCUGUUGUGAGUAGUGGACAGUUUGGGGAACCGCCUGACAAGCAGCUGCACACUUCCUCAAAACAGUGGAGCACCAUGAAACCUGACGAACUUUACUCCGCUUGACAUUUAUUGUCCCACCUUUGAAACUUCAGUUGAGAUAAUAUUUAACAGCAAAGCCAGUGUGUCGCAUAACUUUGGCGUUCUCCGCGCGUGCAGCCGCCUGGAUCGAUGGAGUUGUGAUUUGGAUGGUUAUUGGUUUAGCACACCGGCCGCGCACAGAGAAAAAAAAUGGUUUCCGUCGGCAAGGUGCUCCUCGGGGUUUUUGGAGUAGCAGUCGUUGUCAUUUUGAUAGCGGUACCCACGGCUAUAUUUCUGAAUGAGGAGAAGGGGGGAAACCAGAGAUCCUUCACCCUGGAGGAUGUCUUCAACAGUUCACUGAGACCAAAGUCCUUUGGCAUGAGGUGGAUCUCAGACGAUGAGUAUCUCCAUAAGUCCCAAGGCUCAGUCUACCUCACCAACGUGAUCACAGAAGAGUCCAAAGAGUUCUUGAGCAAAGACAAAUUCAAUGAAAAAAAGGCUUAUGAUUACCAACUGUCUGCUGACCGAAAAUAUGUCGCUUUCAUGAGCAACCAUUCCAAGCUGUGGAGGCAUUCAUUUACAGCUUCAUAUUCACUGUAUGAUGUGAAUUCAGACAAAUUUUUCACACCCUCUGACAUUCCUGAUGAAGUCCAGUACUUCUCCUGGGCGCCCAUAGGGAACAAACUGGCCUUUGUCUGGGAGAACAAUGUGUAUAUAAAGACCAGUCCUGGGUCCCCAGCACAGCAAAUCACAUUCAAUGGAAAGGAGAAUUUCAUUUUAAAUGGGAUUCCAGACUGGGUGUAUGAGGAGGAGAUGUUCUCAUCCAGUCAGGGCCUCUGGUGGUCACCUGGGGGGAAGUACGUGGCUUAUGCUGAGUUCAAUGACACAGGGGUCCACAAUAUAGAGUAUUCCUGGUACGGUGAGAACCAGUACCCCAGCACUGUUUCCAUUCCAUAUCCAAAGCCAGGUACUCCUAACCCUGUUGUGAAAUUGUUUGUUGUGGACACUGACAACACAACAAAAAUUACUGAGGUUGUUGUUCCAGCCUCAUUCAGCGCAAGUGAGCACUACCUGGCCACUGUUACUUGGGUGACAGAUAACCGUAUUGCUGUCCAGUGGCUUAAGAGAGUACAAAACCACCUCAUCCUUCAGAUCUACAACUUGAGUGAAUCCAGAUGGGAUCCUAUUGAGCAUCUGGAAGUGAAGAGCGCCACAGGCUGGAUUGGACGGUUCUCUCCACCAGAACCUGUUUUUGCUGAAGACAAGGCCAGCUAUUACCUGCUGAUGAGUGACACCAAAAAGUACAAGCACAUCCAUCAUGUUGUUGGGGGAGUGGCCACACCAAUCACCUCUGGAGAGUGGGAAGUCAUUAACAUUCUGAAAGUCAAAGCAGAUAGUGUAUAUUAUUCAAGUAACGAAGACGGCGGCAAGCCAGGAGGAAGGAAUGUUUACAAGUGGACCAAACAAGGGACCAAGUGUCUGACUUGCACAUUACAUGGAGAAAAAUGUCAGUACAACUCAGCUUACUUCAGCCACAAUGCCUCCUUCUACCGUCUGAGCUGCAGUGGUCCAGGCAUUCCUUACCAUUCUAUCAUGGAUAACAGGAAUGAUAAAGAGCUGAAAGUUCUGGAGAACAACACUGCAUUUAGCAACCUGAUAUCUGACCUCCAAAUGCCCUCCAUGCGCCGCGGUACCAUCAAAGUUGCUGGAUACAAUCUCUGGUACCAGAUGUUUUUGCCUCCAGGUUUUGAUGAAUCCAAGAAGUACCCUCUACUGAUUGAUGUGUAUGCAGGUCCCUGCAGUCAGAAAGCAGACUUCACCUACAGGGUCAGCUGGUCCACUUACCUGGCCAGCACAGAGAAAAUCAUCGUAGCCAGCUUUGACGGAAGGGGAAGCGGUUUCCAGGGCGACCAGUUAAUGCAUGAAAUUUACAAACGUCUGGGAACCUAUGAAGUGGAAGAUCAGAUAACAGCUGCCAAGGAAUUCAUCAAAAUGGGUUUCAUUGACAAAGACAGAGUUGCUAUCUGGGGCUGGUCUUAUGGUGGGUAUGUAACAUCAAUGGCCUUGGGAGCUGGAAGUGGAGUUUUCAAAUGUGGAAUGGCAGUGGCUCCAGUUUCCAAAUGGGUUUAUUAUGAUUCCAUCUACACAGAGCGUUACAUGAUGGAACCUUCAGAGAAUCCUGACGCCUACCUUAACUCGACAGUGACUGCCAGGGCCAAGAAUUUCCAUUCAGUGCAGUAUCUCCUGGUUCAUGGAACAGCUGAUGACAAUGUUCAUUUCCAGCAGGCAGCUGAGAUCUCAGAAGCUCUGGUGGAGGAGCAGGUGGACUUUGAGGCAAUGUGGUACACAGACAAGGAUCAUGGGCUUGAGGGUUCAGCCCAUCAACACGUUUACACCCACAUGAGUCACUUCCUACUGAGGUGUUUUGCCUAAAAUCCACUGGAAACAUCUUUUCAAACCAACAUCUGCUUUUAAUGUCUCAUGUGCAUAGAAAACAUUUUUUAACAUUAAGAUUUUAAUUGUAAAUGCAGGCUUGAUUAUUAUUGUUUCCUAAUGUCAAGGAAAAAGUCUUAUUUUGUUUUUAAAAGCACUUAUUUUGAGCAUAAACUUGAUAAGUACAAAGUCCAAGUCAUAAUGUCAUUCUAUGUUUGUAUGUGAAAUGUUGUCUUGCAUCUAUUUAGUUAGGAAAAAAAACACGCUUCUCUAGAAAUUAUGACUGAAAUUUUUGCUUUGUUAAAGAAGUAAUGACCUGACCUGAGAAAGACCAGAUGAAAUAAUGUUGUGUCAGAGUGAAACAGUGCUACAUCUAAGAGUUUUUACAGUGUGGUAUUAAAUGAUGCACAGAAACAUAAUGCACCUCAGUGAUUUUAUACAGUUUUAAUAAAUGUAUGAUAUUCAUGACUAUUUUAUGUAAUGAUUGUUUUCUUAAAUAAUAAAGAAUUAAAUAAUGAAAAA